GCUCGGGCCGUGCGGGACAGGACAGGACAGGACCGGGCCGGGCCGCCAUGGCCCUGGCGCUGCCGCUGCCCGAGCCGCCCUGGCCGCCGAGCCUGGCCCCGCUGAAGGACGUGGAUGACUUGCUGCGCUGUGGGAUUUGCUUCGACUACUUCAGCAUCGCCGUGAUCAUCCCGCAGUGCUCCCACAACUAUUGUUCCCUUUGUAUCCGCAAGUUUUUGUCCUACAAAACUCAGUGUCCAACAUGCUGCGUGGCAGUCUCGGAAUCUGACCUGAAAAACAACCGAACAUUAGAUGAUCUAGUGAAGAGCUUCAAUUCUGCAAGGCAGCAGCUGUUCCAGUUGAUGUUGGAUGCUCCCGCGGUUCCGGCCCCGCUGGCCUGCAGCAGGAGUCCAGCUGCCCAGAGCCAUGGCAGGGCUCCUGCUUCUCAGCCAGAGUCAAAGGAGCUGCCAGUGAUGGACAGUUUCUUGAAAAAGGACAAAGUCUGCACCUCGGCAAAGGCAGGGGGCCUGGCAGGGACUGAUCAGGGGACUUUCAAAACUGAGGAACACCGUGACCUUCACGGCACUUCUGCAGAGGCUGGUGAUACAGACAGUGAAGUGGGAUCACAGGAGAGUCCUGAGUGCACCAAAAGUCAUGAAAAGCCUUCUACAUCUGUGGUCAAAGGAGUCAAGAAAGUGGAAUGUCCUGUUUGUGAGGUGGCUAUUCCAGAGCAAUAUAUAAACAAGCACCUGGAUAGCUGCUUGACCAGAGAGGAGAAGAAGGACAGCCUCCGAAGUUCUACUCACAAAAGGAAGCCGAUGUCUAAAGUUGUUUAUAACCUGCUGUCGGACCGAGACCUGAAGAAGAAGCUCAAGGAACAUGGUCUGUCCACCUCUGGGACCCGUCAGCAGCUCAUUAAGAGACACCAGGAAUUUGUGCACAUGUACAAUGCUCAGUGUGAUUCCCUAAGUCCCAAAUCAGUUGCAGAGGUUGUUAAAGAGCUGGAAAAGAAUGAGAAGAUUCGGGUUCAGCUGGAAUGUAAUAAACCCAGUGAAAAUAGCUUGACCUUCACAAAGGCCCAGACAGAGGAAGAAAUAGAUGAGAUCCACGCUGAAUAUCGAAACAAACACAGAAAGGAAUUCAAAUUCUUGAUGGAUCAAGUAAAUAACCGGUGGAAGAAAAGUGGUGAGAGGAAAACAGAAAGUGCUCAAAACAAAGAAGAAGUUGCUGUCAAAGAGCUGCCAGCAGCCACAGAGCCUCAGGAAGAGCAUCCCACAGCUGUUGUCCUGGGAGAAGCCCAGGAACUCCAUUCACAUACUCCUGAUGGCCAGAGAAGUGAAUCUCCUUGCCUGGAGGAAGGCCAGAGAUCGGCCUCUCCUGAACUCUCACUGUCAUGGGGAUCAACAAGCAGCACCAAUUCGGACAUUUUGGCAGAUGUGGAAGAGUCUGAGACGUGUUCAGUGUCCUCUGACAGCAGCAGCAGCAGCUCCCUGGCUCUAACAGUGAUCAGGAGGAAGUCGCAGCGGUCGCGGAUGCCGGAGAAUGAUGGAGUUCUUCCCAGGAGCAAGCGGAAGAGGAGCUAGUGCUGCAGGGAUGGGGAAUCCUCAACGCUGGGAAACACUGCUUGGCUUUUUCCCAUCCUCAGUGUGUCUGAAUACUGAGUAAAGCGCUGAAUUUAUGCAUCACUGCCAUUCCAACUGCCUUAAUGACAAGGCUGGUGGGUUUGUCCACAGCACUGUGGCCAUUUACCUUUGAGAUUGGGCCCGGGGUGCCAGAGCCCUGUGGGAGUGUGAGCUGGCUCCUGUCCCUCGUGUCCCCUCACCAGUGCAGGACUGUGUGUUGCUGCUGCUCCUGCUCAUACCCCGUGGAAACUCCUGGAAGCAGCUGCAGGACAGUGUUUUGCUUGGGUUCGGGCAGGUGCUGGUGCCCCAGUUCCCUGGUGCAGCUGGGGAGGUGGGGGGAGGCAGAGGGAUGCUGGGGGAUUCUGCUCUACAGAAAUAGGCUUUUUUAUAUAUGUCUGUGUCAAAUUGCUCGGUAUUAUGUUUUGUUAUUUUGGUUUGAAGUAAUGAAACUGGAAGGAAGUUGGAAGGUCAUUGGACACAAAGUAUUCUAGCUUUAAAAUAAAUAGUAAUGUUGAAAAGUCUGGUCUUCCUUGGAAGGUAGUAGAAUUUUGCAAUGAAAUAAAGCAAUGCAAGAAAAUGAAAGUAAAUCUGAA